AACGUUCUCCCUCUCCACCAUCUCUCCCGCACCACACUCUGUUCGUAAUAAUCUCUCUCUCUCUCUCUCUCUCUCUCUCUCUCUCGCCAGAUUCAGAGCGCAGAUCGUCGGCAGCAAUGGAGUUGUUCUAUUACGUGGUGUUCGGCUCCCUCGGAGCCGUGGUGGCGGCUCUGGAGCUGAGCAAGAACAACAAGGAUCGCAUCAAUACUUCCCAGGCAUUCAAUUCCUUCAAGAACAAUUACCUUCUCGUCUACUCGCUCAUGAUGGCUGGAGAUUGGUUACAGGGUCCAUAUGUGUACUAUCUGUACAGCCAAUAUGGUUUCGGGAAAGGAGAUAUCGGGCAACUCUUCAUUGCAGGUUUUGGAUCUUCAAUGUUGUUCGGGACAAUUGUUGGGUCUUUAGCUGACAAACAGGGUCGGAAGAGAGCUUGUGUGACUUACUGCAUUACGUACAUCCUGAGCUGCAUCACCAAGCAUUCUCCUGUGUACAAAGUUUUGAUGUUGGGCCGUGUUUUGGGUGGUAUUGCAACGUCUCUUCUCUUCUCUGCUUUUGAGUCAUGGCUUGUUGCUGAACACUUUAAGAGAGGGUUUGACCAACAAUGGCUAUCCCUGACAUUCUCAAAAGCAAUAUUUCUUGGCAAUGGUCUGGUUGCUAUUCUUGCCGGGUUGUUUGGAAACAUGCUCGUUGACAGCAUGAAUCUUGGUCCUGUCGCACCAUUUGAUGCUGCUGCGUGCUUUCUUGCUAUUGGGAUGGCCAUUAUUUUAUCUUCGUGGACUGAGAACUAUGGAGAUCCUUCAGAUAACAAGGAUUUGCUUACUCAAUUCAGGGGUGCAGCUGUGGCCAUUGCUUCAGAUGAGAAGAUUGCUUUACUGGGUGCUAUACAGUCUCUUUUUGAAGGUUCCAUGUAUACUUUUGUGUUCCUUUGGACUCCUGCUUUGAGUCCAAAUGAAGAGGAAAUUCCCCAUGGUUUCAUUUUUGCAACUUUUAUGUUGGCAUCUAUGUUGGGGAGCUCAGUUGCAUCUCGUCUGAUGGCACACUCUUCUCCUAAAGUUGAGAGCUACAUGCAGAUCGUAUUUCUGAUUUCUGCUGCCUCUCUCCUGCUUCCCAUUGCGACAACUUUCUUGGUUGCCCCCUCCAAUGUAAAGGGUGGAAGCAUCUCUUUUGCAGGUUGCCUCCAGCUCCUUGGCUUCUGUACCUUCGAGGCGUGUGUGGGGAUAUUCUGGCCAUCCAUCAUGAAGAUGAGGUCCCAAUAUAUUCCAGAGGAGGCCAGAAGCACCAUAAUGAACUUCUUCCGCAUUCCACUAAACAUAUUUGUGUGCAUUGUACUGUACAAUGUUAAUGCAUUCCCGAUCACUAUUAUGUUCGGCAUGUGCUCGAUUUUCCUCUUUGUGGCAUCUAUCUUACAGAGGAGGCUGUUGGCGAUUGCUGACAAGUCAAAGACAGAAGAUUGGUCCGCAUUGAAGGAAAGGGAUGCUGAAGCGGAGCCAUUGAAUGCUGAUUGAUUUCAGAAAAAGGAUCAAAGGAAUCUUUUGGGAGGUUGAAAACGGCCACCUAAGUUCGUGCCAUAUUGCAGGCUUGAUUUGAUUCAGGAUACAUUUGAUUUAGUAGGGAAGACCAAAAUUUAAAAGGAAAAGAGUUGCACCACUCCCCAAGAAACAGAUGCUUAAGAAGGUUAGGAAAGAAGUUACACAAGGUUUCUUGGAUUCUGCUCGAAGAAAUAGGGGCAUAGAUUAGUUAAUUAAAUACUUCUCUUCAGCUGUUACUGUUGGGCAUUUAAUGUUCUAUGUUGUAAUUUUGUUGUUUUCUAAUAUAGAUUUCAAAGGAAACAUAUUUGGCUCUAAUUUUGAGUUGUUGACAUUUUUACCUUCCUUCAAUUGAAUGUGCGAUUGCUAUACAA